AUGGGAUACGGAGAAGAUAAAGGAAUUAUUCCUCUCACAUGUCGCGAAUUAUUCAAUCGAAUUGACAGUAGUAAAAAUCCUAAUGUUACAUACAAAGUUCAAGUUUCUUAUAUUGAAAUUUACAAUGAACAUAUCCAGGAUCUACUGAACCCUAAGAAUAAAGAAAAUCUUAAACUUAGAGAACAUCCUACUCUUGGGCCAUAUGUUGAAGGCUUAUCCAAUUUAAUUGUCAACUCGUUUCAAGAUAUAGAAAAUUUGAUAGAUGAGGUUCAUAAA